GGCGGGUGAGCGAGCGAGCGAGAGAGAGAGAGAGAGAGAGAGAGAGAGAACGAGCGGGGGAGAGAGAGAGAGAGAACAAGAGAGAGAGAGAGAGAGAGAGAGAGAGAGAGAGAGAGAGAGAGAGAGAGAGAGUGCUCUAGCAAACGGCUGCAGAAAUUUGUCUGAUGGCUAGCCCGGGGACCGCAAACGAGGAGUUGGCUAUGUCCAGUGUGUCCAGUGACACUAGCGGCGGAGGUGAGGGAUGCCGAGGCGACUCUGUCAGCCCUGGCGGUGGAGCUGAGUCAGAAACCAGCGGCGGCUUUUCCGUUGUGUGGAGGACUUCGGGGGAAGCAGAGGUGAAGAUGGUGCGUAUACUGAAGGAGGAAAUCUCUGAUGAGGAGAUGAGCAUCAGGGAUUUCGAGCAACUGCUUGAGCGAAAGACGGGACAACGAGUCCAAUCACUCUGGUUCCACGGUGUUCCCCUCGAGAAGGAUCGCGCCUCUUACAAGCUGUGUCAUCUCGUACCCCUCUUUGACGCCACUCCGUUGCGAUUCGCUGUCAGUACGGCGUCGAAAAACGACAGCUUGAGAUUGUUCGUGGAGCCCUCAAGGAAUGGGGUGUCUUGCGGCGAUACCCUUGAGUUGUUUCCUGUAAGCGAUGAGACAAGCGUGGAGGGGGUCAAGCGGAUGAUUAAGUCGAAAGGGGGGUACGAUGUGGAGUCACAAGUACUCUAUCUGCAUAAUAAUUCUUAUGAAGCGUUGGAGGAUCGAACCCCUCUCUACUCUCUGGAUAUCGAAAGUGGAAGCACGUUGAAGCUGCACUUAUUGCGGACAGGUGCGGAGGAGGAGGAGGAUUCAGACAUGUUGACAAUGGCUUCCCCUCCCGGCGCAGCGGGCUUUUUCCCCUCGAUAGGGCGAGCAUCUCGUGCGCACAUGAGCAUGCCGCUACCUCCGCAGCCACAUUGUGGCUGCAGAUUCCCGUCAUCUGAUCCGCUUAUGGGCGUCGGCGGAUUCCAGACAAUGUCAUUUCUUCCGCUUCGGGGCUCUGGCGGAGGAUCUUUUCCGCUUGCCGGCGCAUCUCCUCAGCUUCUCGGAGCAUCUUGUCCGCCGCUUGGCGGCAUGGUCGGAUCAUCUCUUUUCACUGAUGUUAGCGAUGACACAUCCAUGGUGCGGGAGUCGUUCUCGGACUCUGCUCCUGAUUGGAGAGUGUGCUCCAAAGGGCUGAACGUCGAAGGGAGCUGUUUAAAUUUUAGACAGAGCUGUCGGGUCACAUAUAACCCGGUGAUUUGUCCUGUCGGCUUCGGGCCGUUUAAUUUGAUGCUGGACAAAGCUCGGUGUCCUCUGUGCGACUCGGAGAUCACCCCCAUCACCUGCGGUUUCUAUGACUGCGAAUGGCGUUUCGAGGGCGUUAAGUCGACCGGCAAGGAGAGUGUCAGCAGCGAUUGGAAGCUUCUGGAGGGCGAGGGGUGUGACGGUGUUGUUGCUGCAAUUGCCAUACUGAUCGAGGGUUUGAGCCUGGCGAGGUGGCUUAGCUGAGUGGAUGGACUUUUUUUUGGACUGUCUGCUGAAGUUUCAACCUGUGUGACCGCGUCGAUGUGAAAACGUCUUGCACGGUGCU